AUGGUGAUUGACGGAGAUGGCGUGGCGUUCGCGAGCGGCGGCGCGUGUGGGUGGCGGCGGCGCACGGUGUGGCGGGGCAGGGCGCGCGCGCGGGGGUGGCGGGGCGCGUACGGGCAGCGGCGCGCGCAGGAUGGCGGGAAGCGGGACCGGGAGCGCGCGGGCGGGUGCGGCGCGGGGUGGCGCGGCGAGCAGUGGGCGGCGGCGCGCGCGAGCGUGGACGGCGGCAGCGGCGCAUGUGGUCGCGCGCGGGCGACGGCGGCGGCGCGCGGUGGUGGCGGGGAGAAGGCGGCGACGCGCGAGGAUCUUACAAAAGCUUGUGCAGAGGAAGUCACAACUGUCAUUAUGGAUGAAAUUCGAGGUAGAAAAUUCUCAGUGCUUAUAGAUGAAUCUCGAGAUAUUUCAAUAAAGGAGCAAAUGGCAAUGAUUCUAAGGUUUGUGAAUGAUGAAGGAAAAGUUGUGGAGAGAUUUCUUGGACUUCAACAUGUUCAGAGUUGUACAUCUAUUGCAUUGAAAGAAGCUUUGGUCGGUAUGCUUUCAAGUCACAAUUUAUCUAUCUCUAUGCUUCGUGGGCAAGGGUACGAUGGUGCUUCUAAUAUGAGAGGCGAGUUUAAUGGGGUGCAGAAAAUGAUUCGUGAUGAAAAUCCUUAUGCUUUCUAUGUGCAUUGUUUUGCCCAUCAAUUGCAACUAGUAGUUGUCACAAUUUCGACUUCUAGUGCAGACAUUGCAGAUUUCUUUAACUAUAUUCCUUUAAUAGUCAACACCGUGGGGGCAUCUUGUAUGAGAAAGGAUGCCUUACUUGCAAAGCAUCAUGAUGUGUUGCUAGAAAAGAUUGAGAAUGGUGAGAUUAUGACUGGAAGAGGUUUAAACCAAGAAAGUAGCCUAGCAAGGCCUGGAGAUACUAGAUGGGGUUCACAUCUAAAAACUUUGCUUCGCAUUUUGGUGAUGUUUGAGGCAAUCAUAGAUGUCCUUGAAAUAGUGAAGAAAGAUUCUAUUAAACCAGCAUGUAAUGGUGGAGCUUUAGGUUUAAUUGGAAAAAUGGAAAGCUUUGAUUUUGUGUUCAUCCUGCAUUUGAUGAUAGAAAUAUUGAGUAUGACAGAUAUUUUGUCACAUGCUUUGCAAAGGAAGGAUCAAGAUAUAGUUGAAGCAAUGCAUUUGAUCACGGAUGUGAAAGAGAGCUUGCAAGAUAUGAGAGAAAAUGGAUGGGAGCCAUUACUAAAAAAAGUGAAACCAUUCUGUGAGAGGAAUGAGAUUGAAGUGCCAGAUAUGGAUAAAGAAAUUAAUGUUAGAGGGACAUCUAGACGAAGAAAGCAAAAGGUAACAAACAUGCAUUACUAUCAUGUUGAGAUUUUUCUUGUUGCCAUUGAUGCCAUCUUGACUGAGUUGAAUCAUCGGUUCAAUGAAAUUAGUUCAGAGUUAUUAGUAUGUAUGGCUGCUUUUAACCCAAGGAACUCAUUCUCUAAUUUUGAUGUCGACAAACUUGUGAGGCUUGCUGAAAUUUAUGCUGAGGAUUUUGAUAUUGGUGAUCUUACUAUUUUGCCAAAUCAACUUAGACAGUUUGUCAACCGUGCUAGAAGAACUCCAGAAUUUCUUGGAUGCACUGAACUUGGAAAAAUUGCUGAAAUUAUGGUCAAGGCUUCUAUGCACACAUCUUAUAAAUUGGUUUACCGUCUUAUUGAGCUAACGUUGACACUACCAGUGGCAACGGCUUCAGUUGAGAGAAUAUUUUCAGCUAUGGCCAUUAUAAAGACAGAUUUGCGUAGUAAAAUGGGUGAUGAAUGGCUCAAUGACUUGAUGAUAUGCUAUAAUGAGAAGGAGAUAUUUAAGAAGAUUGAUAACGAAAAGAUUAAAAAGCGAUUUCAAGAGAUGAAAAAACGUCGUAUGUUAUUGCCCAAAAAAAUAGUGGUUGCUUCUUCGGAUGAAUAA